CCGCUGUCAAUCAGCAAUCCACUAUUCUGUACCGGCGGACUGCGUAUAGGUGUAUACUCCGUACUGCUGGAUGUUUGGAGUUUUCCGUGGAUGAAUUCAGGCUCAAUUGCCGUCGCGCACCCCACGUCGACGGACCAGUCAGCGAGCCGCUUCAUUAGCCGACGGGCCCCGCCAUCGCCCGCUCGGGUUUCCCUCCGCCGAGCUGGCAGAAGCACGGAGCAAUUGUCGCCGGCAGAGCAGUGCGUAUGCGUCGAUCAGCUGGCGACUGCUAUAAUUAUACUCCGUACAUGUCUCACGUUGAUAUGGUGGAUAACAUGUACUCCGUAG